UAAUGUUCAAAAUUCAAAUUUUAACUUGUUUAAUAAUCGAAACCCAUUCAUGGAGUUGGUUUUCUGGGUAUUCUGACCCACAAUAUCCAUCCCCUAGAGGAACAAAUUUCUGGAAAUGUCGAGUCUCGAAACCAACAUAUGUUUGUGACCCUGAUGGAAUGUUAACUGAUGAUCAGAGGGAAGAAAUUGUCCACAUGCCAAAUUCAAAAUAUCAAUGUAUGAGAGAAGGACUUAGACUUGUUGUGGCAUUAGCAAAAGAUAAAAUUGGCUAUGCUUACUCUGGAAAUACUUAUUUGUGCAAUUAUGCUAUAAAUCAUUGGAAGUUAUCUAAUACAACAAAAUGCGAGUCGGAUAUACAGGGGAUUGAAGUAAAUAAAGAUGAAAUUAAUCAUUGCUAUAUCCUACGUUGGUUAGUAAACAUUCAUGAAGAUGACUAUUAUAAGCUCGCAAAUGCAGGGAAUGCUCUACUUAACAAAAAUAAUACAUUUGAUGCUCUAAAGAAUUAUAUCACUUACUUGCGCAACCGUUACAUUCAACGCUUCUCAACUUUCGAUAACGAUGAUGUUUUUAAUGAGAAGUCUCCUCAACAAUAUUCUUAUAAAUUGUGA